CCGGCCGCUUUAGGUGUACACAGACGUUGGGCUUCCUGUGGUAAUGUUUGCCUCAUGGAUUUGGCUGAGCUACAAGAUGAAAUGGGCGAAGUAAAAGAGCACCUUUACAAAGUGUUAGUGAUCGGUGAAUACGGCGUGGGAAAGACCUCAAUAAUCCGCAGAUACACAGAAGGGUACUUUUCACCUAAUUACAAGCUAACUAUUGGAGUAGACUUUGCUUUGAAGAUCAUUCACUGGGAUGAGAAAACAAAGAUCAACCUGCAGCUGUGGGAUGUCGCUGGUCAUGAGAGGUUUGGUCACAUGACCAGGGUCUACUACAAAUAUGCAAUUGCAGCAAUUAUUGUGUUUGACCUGUCAAGGUCUGCCACAUUUGAUGCUAUUUUGAAGUGGUACAGAGAUGUCAAUCAAAAGGUGAUGCUGACAAAUGAGAAUCCAAUUCCAGUCAUCAUCCUUGCCAAUAAAUGUGAUCUAGAAGACUACCCUGUUGAUGAGGAGAUGCUGGAUCAAUUCUGUCAAAAUAAUGGUUUUGCUGGAUGGUUUGCGACUUCUGCCAAAGAAGACUACAACAUUGAUGACGCCAUGCGUUUCCUAGUGCAAGCCAUCCUUAGUACGUCAGGGGAGUGCCGAAAGCCAUCACUACAGGAUAGCCGCUGUACCUCUCCCAUCAACGUCCUGGCAGAGAAUGGAAGUGGUUACAUGAUAGACUACAGCUAUGCACAUCAAGGUACAGAUGAAUCAUACAGUCAGCAGAACAAACCACAGAAGAAAAGCUGUUGUAGUUAGUAAAUAUUGAUAGGGAUAACAGCAAUUAGUGAGGUUUUGUGUCUAAAGGGUGUAACAAUUAAUUAACUAGAGUGUAACUGUAAUUAGAGUGUAACUAUAGAGUGUUACAAUCAAUGACAUACUACAGUACAAGAGUAGUUUUCAAAAUACCUUGCGACAAAAUGUAAUUGUUAAAAAAUAAUAUUCAAGCCAGAACAAAAUACAACCAAGACAAAGUGUAUAUUUAGCACUAAAUAAACUAAACUAAAUAGUAUUUCAUGGGUUUUGUAAAACCACUCUACUGUCAAAAAGACUGAGUGAUCUUAUUUUGUUAUUUUUCUACUUUAUUUCUACUCCAAGUUACACCCAAAUAGCAUUUUCAAUUCAAAAUCACUCAGUUGAAGUAAGGCCUUGUAAAUGCAUUAAUAUGCCAGAUUGUUUUUAAAUAAUAAUGAUUUUUUAUAACAGAGAGCAUAUUACACAAAAUGGGAAAUGUAACCAUCAAUAAAAAAAUAUUUUUGCGCA